ACUACUUCUUAAUGUGUUGCUAUUCACCAUAACCAUUUGGACUACUUGCAUAUGUUUUCGAAAUAAAAUGUGGCUCGCUUUUCUCAUCGACAAUUUAAAUGAUGUUGUCAAAAAGAAACUCAUCUCCUGCCAUUAAUCUUCUUUUGCCAACCAUCUCUCUUUUGGCUCUCUCACCUACCCAGAGUGAAAAUUCCAUUAAAGUCCAGCUAACAAAGCCAACGUAUUAAAAAGAUCCUAACCUCUGAUUCUUGGAUCGGACAGUUCGCAUUGGCUCAAAUGACGUCAACGAGAAGGAUGAGUACCAAUCAGGAGGCUCCACAUCAAUUCACCAGCUCCAUCCUUCAACUGCUUCCAGCCUCACAAACCACCAGCAAGAAAAAUCCACUUCAACUGCUUCCAGCCUUUUCAACUGCUUCCAGCCUUCCACCGUCUCUUCCUCUACGUCGGAAGAUCUCCUCAUCUACUCUAAGUUAUUCUCAUAGCUUAUGCUUGACAUAACUACCCUGACCUCUACAAGUACUGGAUUACACUCCUUUCUCUCGUUGUCCUUCCGAUCUGGUUAAGCUCAUCCUCUGUGGCUGCUACACACGCUGUCGUUGCUUUUCGUGUACACUGCGUAAUUCUACAGACACGAAACCACGACAAUUAUUUUCAGUGAGAGACGUGUCCUGUGGUGGAGGAGGAACCUGAGUCUUGGUGAAAACAGGUGGAGGAGGAACCUGAGUCUUGGUGAAAGAUAAAAGAUUGGUGGAUUUCUCAUCUAAUUUGAUUUUUUUAACAUUUACUCAAUUUGGAAUCUGAAAUCGAGAAAUGAAGAAGAAGAUAUAUUAUUAUGCUUUUCUAUUAAUUUUUUUUUUGUUUAGAAGAAAUUAGAGAUGGUGUAGUACAAGGAUACUAAAAUCUUUUUGCAGCUAAAAAGUGUGUCUAGUAUUUAAUGUGUCUUUGAUUGUAAUUGAUAUGUUGAAAUGUGUUUUUGGUUGUAAUUUUCUCGAAAAAAGGCCAACGGUGGCGAUCACGUUUCAGUCCAACAAACCAAGCGGUGUUUUUUACGAAACCACCCGAGAGAUUAGCUUCUAUUUUCUUUUUGUUUACUUCCCCCACGAGAAAAGCACACUUCUUUUUUGUUAUAACCACCCACCGCUAAUAUUUACCCACGUGUCACCCUUCCUUCGCGUUUCAUCCAACACCAUAGCGCCGUGUCACUUAGACUACAAGCAAUGGAGGUGUUGAAACUUUAAUUCAACAGUUUAAUACUUACAAUGCAUGUGUUGAAAGGAGAGUUGAAUCAUAGGUGGAUUAAUCAUAGUUGAAUAUUUUCAACUAGUUGAAUCGAACAUGGGUGGAGAGAGAGAGUCCACAUGUCAUAUUAUUAUUAGAGUUAAAAAUUGAAAUUUAAGGAAGAAAGAGAAUGAAAUAAUUUAUUUUGUUUUUUCCACCUCCAUUAUUUGAUGUCAUUUAUUUCAUAGUAAAUUAAUUUUUAUAUUUAUAUUUUAAUCAUAAAAUUUCAUCAUUUUUCAUACUCUAUUAAUAGAAAUUUGUUUCAUUUUAUUUGGACAUAUAUUUAUAAAUAGAGAUUAAUCUCACGUUUAACCAAAUGCAGUGGUGUGUUUAAUCAAACGUUUAAAAUAAUUUGGCACACAACUAGCUGAAAAAAUUAAACCCGUUGAGAGGGAGAGAGACAGUCUGAUGUGGCAUAGUUCCAUUGGCCAAAGAGAAAGUGGUUCUGCCGACUUUUCUUUGAUUGGCUGUGUUUUAGUUUUUUUUUUUUUCCUCUUCUACAUUAUUUCAUUCAAUUAUUGUAUAUUAAAAUAUUUAUUUUAAAAAAAAAAUAUAUUAAAAUUUAUCAUAUUUCAUACUCUAUAAAUAGAGACUUGUUUCAUUAGAUUUGGACACAGAAAAAAAAACCCAUCUUUAGCCUCUCAUAACUCUCGUUUCUAUAUUUUUUCUAUCUUCUUUGAAAAAAUGGAUCCCAACCAAAACUCUUCUAAUAAUAUCCAAAACCCUUCAAACAACCCUUUUAACUAUCCGAAUCCCAACAACUAUCCAUUCCAAAAUCCGUUUCCUAACCCCAACCAACCCCAAAACAUACCAAAUUAUGGUUUUCCACCAAGUUUUUUCACGCCAUCGGCUGUUCCAAACUACCAUCCAUAUUAUGGUUCGCCAAUGUCAUAUUCAUCUCAACAACCCACUUAUUCUUCUACUCCAACGGAUAAGGAAUUUGCUUCGAAUGUUGGAGCAACUGAAUUUCCCGAGUUUUCUACACAAAUGACUCUUGGUGGUAUAAGUGGGGUUAAUGAAGCAACUCUUGGAGCAGACAGUUCAGCCUCUGCUACCCGAAAAAGCGUCAAAUGGACAACUGAGCAAAAUUUGGUGCUAUUGAGUGGGUGGAUCAAAUACGGAACAAACAUCGUUGUUGGCAGAAACCAGAAAAGUGAAUCAUUUUGGGGCAAAAUUGCUGAGUAUUGUAAUGAACAUUGCUCAUUUGAUCCUCCGCGCAGUGGAGUUUCAUGCAGAAAUCAUUACAACUACAUGAACCAAAAAUUGUCAAAAUGGAUUGGCGCUUACGAUAACGCUAAGAGUAUGCAACAAAGUGGGUGGUCGGAGCAAGAUGUAUUGGCGAAAGCGCAAGAAAUCUAUUCAGGUGGUGGUACCGGAAAUUUCAAUUUAAUGAAAGAAUGGAUCGCUGUCCGUGAUCAACCACGUUAUGGUAGUCAAGUUGGAGGGAAUAGUGGCUCUAAAAGCAGUGGAUCUAAGAGAGCCCACGAUAGUGAUGCUAGUGACUCUAACUCUGUUGGAUCCACUGCUCGUCCAAUGGGAAGGGAUGCAGCAAAGAAAAAAGCUAAAAAGAAAGGCAAGAGCGUAGCCCUGGAAGUGGUCAACGAAGAUUUUAAUGAAUUCAAACAAAUCAAGGCUCAAGAGUUUGAACGCUUGGAAAAAUUAGCCAUGUUGCAAGAGGAGGCAAACGAAAGGCGAAAGGAGGCAAUCCAAAGGCAAGAGGAGGCAAACCAAAGGCAAGAGGAGGCAAAUCAAUUGAUGAAAGAAAAAACUCGGGCUAAGAAGAUGAAGAUGUGGCUGAAGCUAAGUGAAAAGGAACAUCUCAAUGACCAGAGCAACGAGUUGUUCCAACAGUUGAGCUACGAAUUAUUUGGAAAAUAAUUGUAGUCACAAGUGGUUUCUGCAUCAUCCCACUCCAUGCUUGUCUGCACCAUGUCACUUCAUGCUUUUGUAAUGUUUGUUGUAAUUUUCUCCUUUAAUAAUGUUGUUGUCUGUUGAUGCUUUAAUAAUGUAUUGUUAUGUUAUGGUUUAAUAAUAUAAAAUCUUAUCCGUCAA